AUCAAACACAAACUCAAAAUUAUCUCUUAUCUUCACCCAAAGAUUAUAAGCUCUCUACACUUUUUUGUAGUAUAGUCUCUUAUUUCAGUCAAAAGACACACAUUUGCAUCCUCCGUGAAUCACUUUCUUCAGAAAAUUUACAAAAACAAUGGAGAACCUACAGAAGAUGAUCUCUGAGAAGUCGGUAGUAAUUUUUAGCAAGAACUCAUGCUGCAUGUCUCAUACAAUUAAGACUCUCUUCUUAGACUUUGGCGUGAACCCGACUAUCUAUGAGCUCGACGAGAUCAACAUAGGAAGGGAGAUAGAGCAAGCAUUGGCUCAGCUCGGAUGCAGCCCGACCGUUCCGGUGGUGUUCAUUGGAGGGCAGCUUGUUGGUGGAGCCAAUCAAGUCAUGAGUCUCCAUCUCAACCGCUCCCUUGUUCCUAUGCUUAAACGUGCUGGAGCAUUAUGGCUUUAACUUCAAAAUAAAUGUAAUUUCAAAUAUAUAAUGCAAUUAAGUUACUAUAAUUAAAGUGAACAAAGAAAACAUACACAAGAAUGUAUGUAUGAGUUAAUGCUAUGUCUAUCUAAGUUUUAAAAAGAUAGAUUAUCCGGUUGCCUAUUUUGUAAACACUGGUUCUAUUAUAAUAAAUUCAGCUACUCUUGGAUUUCUCCUUUCCAAUGUGC